CCACAUCUCAGAGAGAGAGAGAGAGAGAGAGUUGAGACUUCGCCUUCAACUUCAGCUCUCUCCACUUCACACCAAACUCAUCGUCUCUUCUCCCGAUCCGCCAUUGUUAUCCUCUAUCUCUCUCUCUCUCUGUAGCUGUGGUUUUCAAUGACUCGGCUCCGGGGAACGGCCGUCUCUGCUCUGCUGCUCCUCCUGGCUUGGCGCCUCGUCGUCACCGAAGGGUCCGUCCACGAGUACAUAGGGGAGAGGUUCGUCAGCCGGGGGAACGCCUUCGUCGUCCACGGCGGCAGCGAGGGGAUCGUCGCUGCCUCCCCUGACAAGAACGAGACCUCAUACAUCAGGUUUGAUAAAGUUGCGUUCUGGAGGCCCAAGGGAAAUGCAAACUUUACUUCGGGGUCAGUGCAGGCUGUUGUUUUCGAGGUGGAAGACAGAGAGACCAUCGGAGGUUCGGCCUACGGGGGUCAGAGAGAAGUCUGUUGCACGGCCGAUCUUGCGAAGCUGGGUGUUUGCACGCAGGGACAAAUCAUUCGCCGCCCGUCUUCGAAGGACCCAGAUUGGCCCAGGGUGUUUGGCGUCUCAUUCCACAAGAAUAAAGUAGUUGCGAGGAUGACGGAGACACAGAUACCUAUCACUAGAACCGGCAUGUACAACUUGUAUUUUAUCCAUUGUGACCCUAAUCUCAGAGAGUUAGCUCUUGCGGGGAAGACUGUCUGGAAGAACCCUACUGGUUACCUGCCGGGUCGAAUGGCUCCACUCAUGAACUUCUAUCGGUUCAUGUCUCUUGCUUUUGUGAUCCUCGCAGUUUUCUGGUUCUCUCAGUACGCACGAUUCUGGAAAGAAAUUCUUCAAUUGCAAAACUGUAUAUCCCUGGUUGUGAUUCUCGGCCUGUUUGAGAUGUUAAUGUGGUACUUUGACUAUGCUGCAUUCAAUCAGACUGGAAUCAGGCCUACUUGGAUCACUGUAUGGGCCGUUACUUUCGGCACAGUUAAACGGACCAUAUCACGCCUUAUCAUCCUAAUUGUGGCAAUGGGCUAUGGUGUUGUGAGACCCACUCUUGGCGGGCUUACCUCGAAAGUCAUCAUGGUGGGGCUGACUUUCUUUUUGGCUUCUGAAGCUCUUGAAUUGGUAGAAAAUGUUGGCGCAGUCAACGAUGUUUCGGGAAAGGCUAGAUUGUUUCUGGUGCUUCCUGUGGCAUUUCUGGAUGCCUUUUUCAUUCUCUGGAUAUUCACUUCUCUCAAUGCUACUCUGAGUAAGCUUCAGGUCAAAAGGAUGACUGUGAAACUGGAUAUCUACAGAAAGUUCACUAAUGCCUUAGCAGUUGCCGUGGUUCUUUCUGUAUUUUGGAUAUGUUAUGAGCUUUACUUUAAGGCCAAUGAUGUUUACAACGAGCGGUGGCAAAAUGCAUGGAUCAUCCCGGCAUUCUGGCAAGUUCUGUCGUUCUCCCUUUUGUGCAUCAUUUGUAUCCUCUGGGCACCUUCUCAGAACUCUAUGCGGUAUGCUUAUUCUGAGGAAUUGGGUGAAGAGUUUGAGAAGGACGAGACAAACAUGACCCAGAUCAAACCGUACUUAUCGACCCCUGAUGAAGAUGAAACUAGAGCUUUGAAGGGCAGUGAUGGAGAGUUUGACAACGACAUGGAAGAAGACAAGACUGAGUGAACUAGGGGCUUAUCUUGUAUCACAGUUAUCAUCAAUGAACAGGUAGAAAUCCCGCAAUUUGCUCUAGAGAAUUCUGCCCUGGAAUCACCGCCCACUGGGUGUCGGUUAGGUCAUAAUCAUGACACUAUAUUGGUUCGUGGAGGAUCAGUGCGAGGCGGUGGAUCAAAUUUCGCUGUUAGAUCAACACCUGCGAGUUGGGGUCUUCGCAAGAAAUACAUUCUUUUCUUCGCCUAAUGUAUUUGUGUUGAUUUUAGUUGUGUGAUUAGUGCCUACGUAGAUAUUAAUAUUGAUUCCAUUGUGCUUUUACUUCAUUGUAGGUGAAAUUCUUAAGAUUGUUGCAUAUGAUCGUAUAUGUGAUACUAGCAAUCAUUUUUAUCAAGAGGAAAGGGGAACUAAAUGUUAUCUCUGUCUUAA